UCUCUCUCUCUCUUUUUCUGCCUCCUCUCCAGUACCCAUGCAUUCCUCGCACGUUUCCAUUCCACUUCUUUCCCCGCUUCCCUUCUCUCCGUCGUUCCCAGCUUGACGCCUGCCCCCUCGUAGUCAAAUAAAUGUUAUAGAAUCGAGCGCAACAAGAAGCCCCACCGCUUUGUUUUAUCAUCUCCAGGGAAAGAGUAUGAUUAAUGAUAAAGAUCUAUCUCAUUCCAAACGCUUGAAAUCAUACCUCCUUGUCGAUUCCGCUGCCAACGCCACUCCCUCGCUCUCCUUAUAUUCCAACCCACCACUCCACCCCUGCUUCACGUUCCUUCCUUUCUUUCUUCCUCUGCUAAGUUGAUAACUUGGUAUCACUUUUUCUAGCGAGUGUUCUCGUUCCCUUGUCCUUGGAAGUCGGAAAAGAAGGGUCGUCUCGGUUCUUCUCUUUCGCGUUGGUUUUUGUUUGGUCGAGGGAAAUGGGUGAUAUCUCGAGCUCUAAUGGGAAGGGGAAUGGGAGUGGGAAUGGAAUUCAUGGAGAGGGUGCGAGGAAGAAUUGUUGGUAUGAAGAAGAGAUUGCACAGAACUUGAGAUGGUGUUAUGCUCUCAACAGCGUCCUGCACACUGGAGCUACUCGAUAUCAGGACAUUGCUUUGCUGGACACAAAACCCUUUGGAAAGGCUUUAGUAAUUGAUGGAAAGCUUCAGAGCACGGAGAUAGAUGAAUUUAUCUACCAUGAAUCCCUUGUUCAUCCAGCUCUUCUGCACCACCCAAGUCCCAAAAUGAUUUUUAUAAUGGGUGGAGGAGAAGGUUCCACUGCAAGAGAGAUCCUUAGGCACAGGACAGUGGAGAAGGUAGUCAUGUGUGACAUAGAUGAGGAAGUGGUGGACUUUUGCAAAUCGCACUUGGUUGCUAACCGAGAUGCAUUCUUUGAUUCAAGACUUCAACUCGUCAUCAACGAUGCUCGAGCUCAGCUGGAGAAGAGUAAGGAUCAGUUUGAUGUGAUCAUAGGAGACUUGGCCGAUCCCCUCGAGGGAGGUCCAUGUUACCAACUCUACACCAAAUCCUUCUACGAGUCAACAGUCAAACCUAAGCUAAAUGAGGGUGGCAUCUUUGUGACGCAGGCAGGGCCAGCAGGAGUCUUUACACAUACAGAGGUCUUCUCUUGCAUCUACAACACACUGAGACAGGUUUUCAGAUAUGUUGUGCCUUACUCAGCUCAUGUCCCUUCCUACGCCGACACUUGGGGCUGGGUCAUGGCAUCUGAUUGUCCAUUUACAUUGGAUGCGGAGGAAUUUGAUGCGAGGAUCAGACAAAGAAUUAAAGGAGAAGGCAGAUAUCUUGAUGGCAAGACCUUUGCAUCUGCUGCAAUCUUAAGCAAAGCUGUUAGGAAAUCCCUAGAAAAAGAAACUCAGGUGUACACAGAGCACACAGCUAAGUUCAUCUACGGUCACGGUACCUGUCCCAAGUUCCAGUCUACAUAGAAGGUUGUGAGUGAGUUUGGUGGGUGGAGAUGGAGAGAUCUAAAAAGCUCUUUUUGUAAUGUAGCUAGACUUUGUCAUUCGAUGGAAUAGUUCUUGCAAAUACUACUUUAUGUUUCACUAAGUAAUGGAAAUUUUAGCUUAUGGGAUAAUAAUUGAUGCCUUCCAA